GGGUUUUAUUAAAAGCGAGGGAUGAGUGAUGAGAAUGGAGCAAAUCAAACAUAGCCUAAACCUCUCUCAGUGCUCUCACCGUCGCUCAGUCUCACACUCUCUCUGUCAAUAUUUGUGUAAAAAGGUCACUCAGUCCUCACCGUCACUCUCUCUCUCUCAGAGCUCUCCAGUCUCCGCCUCUCCUCACCGUCACUCUCUCCAGUCCCCGCCUCUCCUCGCCGUCGUUUCCGCCCCUACCUUCCUCCAAAUCGCCGAUCGCGUUUACGACCUCCUCCACGGUAGAGUUAGAAUGAUAUGCUAAGUAGAGAGAGGCGUAAUUUUGUAGUUUAGAUUUUAAAGAAAUGACGUGGACCCAUAUAUAUUGAAGUAAGUACGAUCUGAGUCUGUCACUUGGGAUAUGAGUUUUGCUAAAGCUCAUUUCCACUAGUCCUCUGAUUCAUUAUGGAAUCACAGCCCAACUAAAUAACCAGCCACUUAAAAGGGAUGCAUUCUUAAAUAAUUCAUAAGCAGAGGGAUAUUAUCCCGCUGGAUGCGAAUGGUGAUAUUGUGGACUCAGAUGAUGAAUACCUGUCUUUGAUCUCAAGGGUAUGAAUGAUGACGAGGAUGAAGAUGAUGAAACUGGAGAUAUUGCAAAAAUGGCUAGGACACAGAAAUAUUUACGGGAAAAAUUUGGUGGAGUUGAAGAUGCUAUGCUUGAAGAUGAUGAAGAAGAUGAGGAAGAACAAGAGUCUCUAUGGGGUGGAAAAAAAAAGGACUAUUAUUAUGGUGAUAAUGCUGAUUACGAGGCACAAUCAAGUGAUGAUGACAGACCUUUGAAGGAGGAGGAAGCGGUUAAGAAACUACAGAUGAAAAAAGCAGAAUCUUAUACAAUUGAAGACUUUGGCCUUGAUGUGAUUGAAGAUUGUAGUGAUCCGAGUGAUAGGGAAUUAACUCUAGAGGAAAUGUCAGCCAAAAGAAAAGGCAGAAAAAAAUAUCCAGGGAUAAAAGAAGCCUUUGAUGUCACGGGAGCAGCUUAUGAGGAGGUUAAGAAAGAUUUGAGUGCUCUAUCAAAGGAGGAACAAAUGGAUGUUUUAUAUAGGUGGUUUCUGGUGAUGAUGAUUUACCUAAAAGGGAUGAUAUUGGAGAAAGGCGGAGGAAGCAUGAGCUCCGAGUGUUGGCUGGAGCUGGAAUCAAUUCUGAGGAUGAUGUUGGGGAGGAUGAAGUUGACAAUUUUGAGGUCGAUGGGGAUGCUGACAUGGGGGAUGGUGAUACAGGAGAUUCAGAAGAUGAAUAUUACAAACAAGCUGAACAACGACGAGCUGCAAAACUUGCUGCCAAAGCUGAGAUGUCUUCAAGGACCUCAGCGGUAGUCCCAUCUUCUCCUGAACCCAUUGAUGGAAAACGCUAUAUCACUUACGAGAGAAGCUUUGAUUGUACUUGGAGGAUUUCGGUUUCCUUGGAGAUUUCUGAGCGUACUUUUUUCAAGCCUAUUUGUGAGGCAGAAUUGAUACUUUAGAGACGAAGCAGAGGGGUGGUGAUGUGGUCGUGGAACCUUUCCAAGGAGCCUUUCAGUGAGGCAAUUGAGGUGCGUUGGAUACUAGAGAAACGAGGUAAGAUAGGGGAGCACCUCUAUGGGAUAAGGAAGCACCUCUAUCGGAAAAAUGGGUUCCUAGAUGUGUGUUUGAAUUCGAGACGGGAUCGUAUAAAGGAGAUGCUGUGUCAGAUAGAGAAUGCUCCCCUAUCUUGUAUAAAGGACAUACUGUUUGAAUAGAUUGAUAGAAAAAGAAAUGAACUAAAUUUAUUAAGAAAUCUA